CGUAAUUAAAAAGCGGCGGAAGUAGGUGGGAGGGUCAUGACGCAGCGAGUUUCGGUCGUGACUUUUCCGGGGGCCUUGGGCGUCUCCACUUUUUCCCUUUAAAGUAAAACGUUCCCCCGACGCACCCCCGCGCGUUCCGGGCUGGGAGGCGGCGGCGGGAGGCGGUGCAGACGCGGCCGCGCGCGGUCACGUGGGUGUGUUGUUGGGGGAGGGCCCGCGCGUUCGGUUCCGGGCGGUUGAGCGAGCUAGAGAACGAGCGAGCGAGAGGCAGCCGCGCCCGCCGACGCGCUCUGUAUGCCGCGUUCCCCCGGCGCACCCGCCGCCGAUAGUCUGAGCCGGAGGAGCCGCCGCCGCCGCCGCCGCUGCGGUUAAUGUGGUUGGGCCGGGGCUGAGCAGGCCACCAAGAUGCCUCAGUCCAAGUCCCGGAAGAUCGCCAUCCUGGGCUACCGGUCUGUGGGGAAGUCCUCAUUGACAAUUCAGUUUGUUGAAGGCCAAUUUGUUGAUUCCUACGAUCCAACCAUAGAAAACACAUUCACCAAGUUGAUCACAGUGAAUGGGCAAGAGUAUCAUCUUCAGCUUGUAGACACAGCGGGGCAGGAUGAAUAUUCCAUUUUUCCUCAGACAUACUCCAUAGAUAUUAAUGGUUAUAUUCUUGUGUAUUCUGUUACAUCAAUCAAAAGUUUUGAAGUAAUUAAAGUUAUCCAUGGAAAGUUGUUGGAUAUGGUGGGGAAAGUGCAGAUACCUAUUAUGUUGGUUGGAAAUAAGAAAGACCUGCAUAUGGAAAGGGUGAUCAGUUAUGAAGAGGGAAAGGCUUUGGCAGAAUCUUGGAAUGCAGCUUUUUUGGAAUCUUCUGCUAAAGAAAAUCAGACUGCUGUUGAUGUUUUUAAAAGGAUAAUUUUGGAAGCAGAAAAGAUUGAUGGAGCAGCUUCACAAGGGAAGUCUUCGUGCUCAGUAAUGUGACAAUUCUGCUGCAGAACCUUCGGACACUGGGAAUAUAUUCCACCUGAGGAAGCAAACUGCCCAUCAUCCUUGAAGAUAAAACUAUGCUUCUGUUUUCUUCUGUUAACCUGAAAGAUGUCAUUUGGGUCAGAGGUCCUCCCCUUUCAGAUUAUGUUAACGUCUGACUCUGUCCAAAUGAGUUCACUUCCAUUUUCAAAUUUUAAACAAUCAUAUUUUCAAUUUAUAUAUUGUAUUUCUUAAUAUUAUGACCAAGAAUUUUAUCGGCAUUAAUUUUUCAGUGUAGUUUGUUGUUUAAAAUAAUGUAAUCAUCAAAAUGAUACACAUGUUACACUACUAUUAACUAGGCUUCAAUAUAUCAGUGUUUAUUUCAUUGUGUUAAAUGUAUACUUGUAAAUAAAAUAGCUGCAAACCUUAA